AACAAACAAAAUGGCGGAUCUGAAGUCACCGUCUGCUGCACCGUCAAAACCAACUGAAGUUCCUGAAGUUUCUAAAGAAACUUUACAACAAUGGGAGGCUGAAGCCAACGAUGAUAAGGACGACAGUCAGGUGAAACUGGGCGGGUAUCUUCUGAAGCUUGCCGAUUCUGACGUAGACAGAGAGGAAAAUUCCCAGAAGGCUAUUCAUUGGCUGGUGCAGGCUUCUAAACAAGGCAACGACGAUGCCACCAAACAGCUGGGGAAAUGUCUCAAAACAAAAACAGGUAUCACAUCCGAGAAUCGAGAAGACGUUCAGUGGUGCGUGGACACAAGUAAUUUUGAGAAGAAGGUUCGGUCAGCCUCCCGAGGUCUUUUCAACACGCUGUCGGGGACACAUCAAAAAGUAAUGUCUUUAGAGGAAUACAUCACAGCGGUCAAGAAAGUGUCUGGAGGAGAUGUUUUGGAGGAAAAAUUACUGAUAGCUGCAGGUAAAAAAAUUGGCGACAACAUCAGCGAAACAGAAUUUGCAAAAGUUUUAUCGAAGAAAAUUCAAGGAAAGAUAACUCUAACCUCCUCGGAAAAAGACUCCCAAUCUGCGGAAUACAAAUCUGCUGGAAUUAUUACUAAGGUCAUUAAACACCCGAAAGCGACAGCCAUGGUUCUGUUUGACGAAGGAUUGGAAUGGGUUUCCGACGAAGGUUUGAAAUUUGGCAUGUCGCUGAUUCCGACCAAUCAGCUUUACCUGCUUGGCGUGUUCUUCCUGUACAGUUUCAUAUCAACGAAGCUCCUGUUUCUCGUCGUCCCACUCAUUGUAUUUUAUAUUGCGAUUGCCAUCAUGGUAAUCUCGACCUUACAAAUGUUUUACAAGAGCAAGAAACUAAGGGAUGCUACAGCAAUGGCAAAUGUUCUCAAGAAUUACGAUGUCGGAGUCAACGUCGACGAUACGAAAUCACAGUACACGUGGAAUUCCCUUACCCCUUAUUUGAUAUAUUUUGGUGCCUUGCCCUUUCUCAUCGUAAGCUUCUCAUUGGCUAAUAAAUUAUUCAUACCGUGCUCCGAGUUGAUGAUCCUUUCUGGUGCUUUGUCUGCCGUAUGUUUCUCUGCCUUGAGUGACAGCCACGAUCUUAUCACUCUGAUGGCGUUGGGUUGUAACUUUCUUGCCUCACUUCCGACGUUUUUCCAUGCGUUCCCGGAUAUCCCUGUCAUUACUCCAAUCUUGCACCUCGUAACAGGGUCCUUUUUCUCUAUUGAGCUUGGUUACGGGUUUUCGCUGAAUUUCGGAAUUCCAUCACUGUCACAUAUUGUUAUUGGGAUAUUUUUCAUCGUCAUGGCGAUGCAGAAGUCCUUCUCUGGUGUGUAUAGGGUAUUGGUACCACAUCUCAUCUGCUACUUCUGGUGGAACUUCAUGACCUCACUGUUUCCCUUCACAAGUUGGACAGGUUUGGCACGUGCUAGUAUAGGAUAUUUGUUUCUCCCUCUGCUCUUUCCAUUCAUUUUGUUGGCAGUUAUAGGCGGCUUCCUAUAUUGUCUUUACUAUCUUUUCCGAACAGAACUUUUUGGAAAGGUCAUAAUCACGCUCCUUAUGCUUGCUGUUCCGGUUCUCUUGACACAGACAAAAGCUCUUUUCGGGAAGAAGACUGAUAAACAAUAUAAAUCGGUCAAGACUAUUGUCAUGGUGGUCUUCGGAGUUUUAGCAUUCAUCCCUCUUGCUUUCAUUCGACUACCAAGUUUCAAGGUGAAAGGAAAAUUAAAUCUGUCUUGGGAGGACUACAGCAGUAUUUGUGUGAAUAGAUUGGCAAACAACACAGCCCCGAGUCAAAUGCAAUGCAGCCAUUUCAUUGGCCAGAAAGUUGUAUGGGAAGGAACAUUCGUAGGGGCCAAGGUUACGAAAAUUGAGAACAGUGUCGCACCAUUAUUGAGUAGUUUACCUGGUUUCAUUGCCGAUCAACUUCGCUGCAUUUAUGGAGAAGACUUUGGAGACUGCGAUUCAGAUGAAAUAACAGAAAACGAAAAGCAUGUUUGUCAGCUGAUGAAAGCCGCAGGGCGGGACUGUCACCUAAAGAAACACGAUACAUUUUCAUUUUCGGCCAACGUAGAAAUGCCAGACUCGGUGAUGCUUAGUUUGGAUGUCGGUGAUGCAUUCAAGGCAGUAAUCGCUGCUUUAGAAGAAGGAGACAAAGUCAAAGUUACCGCAACUCUUCACGACGGCUUGGGGACGAAAUCGUUGCAUAUGAAGUUGAAAAACAUUAACUGUGUGAGCAGAGAACUGCCAGUCAUGGAAUUGAUUGAUGAAGAAGAUGAUGAUGAAAUAAUUGAAAAAGCCAUGAAUGAAGCUGUAACUGUUGCUUUUAACUUCUUCUGGUAUCCGCUGGUGGAAUAUGCUCCCUAGAGGUUUAAAGGUCAAGGGUCAAAGGUUAAGCGCUCAAGUGAACAUGAUGUCUCUCUCUUUUAAAGAGAGUCUCUGUAUAUGUUACCUUCAGAAUCUAAAACUCUCAGUAUAAAAUCAGAAUCUCCCUACAUUUGGUUGUGAUAUUGAUGUAAGCAAUUUAAUAUAUAACUUGUUUAAAAUGUGUCUAAAACACCAAUAAGUAAUUAUCUUUUAUUUAGGCCUAUGCGGGUCAUUUGCCAGAUACUGCAUGCCACAAGUCAGUGGUUUUUCUCUGGGAACUCCAGGUUUUCUCGUCCACCAAAACCUGGCACGUCCUUAAAAGACCAAAGCUGU